CAGGCCCUCCGCGAGCGUGGGCCAGCCCUGAUGGGCGGGGCCUUGUUGAGUGACGGCCCGGCCCCGCCUUCCGCUUAAGGGGGCCGUUCAACAUGGAAGUGCCUCAGACCUGCGUUGGUAGGGCGGGCGCGAGGCGGGCGCCGGGCGGGCUCUGGAGGCACGAGACAACACACCAUGUGCAAUAAAGUCUACCAACUUGGAGCAUUUUUGUUUUCGGUAUCGUCAGUUUCGCAGCCAGCAUGAAGCACAUCAACUUGUCCUUUGCAGCCUGCGGGUUUCUGGGCAUUUACCACUUGGGGGCAGCAUCUGCACUUUGUAGACACGGCAAAAAGCUCCUGAAGGAUGUCAAGGCCUUUGCAGGGGCUUCUGCGGGAUCCUUGGUUGCUGCUGUCCUGCUAACAGCCCCACAAAAAAUAGAGGAAUGUAAUGAAUUUACCUACAAGUUUGCCGAAGAAAUCCGAAGGCAGUCUUUUGGGGCAGUAACACCCGGCUAUGAUUUCAUGGCCCGAUUGAGAAGCGGAAUGGAGCUGAUUCUCCCCCCCAACGCUCAUGAGUUGGCCCACAACCGACUGCACGUAUCUAUCACCAACACCAACACCAGAGAAAAUUACCUGGUCUCCAAUUUUCCCUCCAGGGAGGAUCUCAUUAAGGUAACACAGCUGCAUCUCAUGUUUGAGGAACUCAGCGAGGACUUAAUUACUUCUCCCAGGCGAUGAGCAUCACCACGUUCUUUAGAUCCAGGGUUUCCUGUGAUGCCUGAGAGACGAAGAGUGCUGGGUAAAUGAUGUGUUUGAUGAGUGAGUUAACCAGUGUCCCUCAGAGGCCACCUCGGAGGCUCCAGAGACCUCCCAUACUGGUUCCGUGUUUUUCUCGUGAUGGUCGGCAAGCCCACGAGCACCUGGGAGUGCAGCUGGGUAGCGCAGCGGUACUAAGUUCCUUGAGUGGCGUAGCUGAUAUCUCCCAGUUCACGUAAGACUUCGUACACGUGCUGUCUUACUCAGUCCUCCGCAGCCUUCUGUAAAGCAGGUAGGACAGGUGUGACUACUGCCCGUUUAUUGCUUUCUUUUUUUUAAAGAGAAGAAACGGGUGGAGAGAUUUUACAUGAUGUGCUCAAAGGUCAUACCGCCUGCCUGGGGGAACGCAUUCUGGACCCUAGGUCUCUUGACUUUCCAAUCUAAUGUUCCAUUUCAUCCUCCCAUUUUGUUUUCAUGCUUUUCUAGCCAGACACAUUUGGAAGUUGCUCAGUGGUGAAUUUAUUAUCUCUGGGAAAUACUUUGGCUAGAGUUGCAAAUAACAGUGUGCUUGCUAAGGUAAUAGAUCAAAUAUUUGUAAAUGGGAAAGAGUGCGCUUCUCUUACAAAAGCCGGGCAAUUUUUUUCUCUGUUUUCCCUUUGGUGGGAAUCACGGCCAGCUUCAGAUAAUAUGGAGAAUGCGUGUGUGGACACAGCAGUGGGCGAGGGAUUGAGAGUAAGUGGUGAAAGUUCUGCCUGAAUUACAUGAUAAAUGCAUUGAUUUUUACUAUCGAGUCUGUUGGAGUUUUACUGUGUGAAUGAUAUAAUUUGAAAUACCUAAUGACAUGCUGAACUGACAAGUAAAAUUACUUUGUGACUUAAUAGAUUAGAAUAUUUUUACUUGGUGUG